GAAAAACAUCCCAAUGUCAGAGGCUGCUGACGACAAGGCCAGACCGCGUCCACCAUAGAGGGAAAGAGAGAGAGAGAGAGAGAGAGAGAGGGAGCGCUGGACAUUUGUCCCCUGGACAGGAAAUCCACCAGGAGAACAUCUGAAGUGAGACUCCCCCGCUGAGACAAAUGGAUCUCUAUGACUUUUCCUUCCCCCCCACCUCCGCUGACGACCUCUACGACGACCCCUGCUUCAGCAGCGGAGACAUGAACUUUUUUCCCGACACGGAAUCCAAACUCAGCAACGUCGAGGAGCUGAAGUCAAUGAACCAUCUCAGUUAUCAUUACCACCAUGAAGUCCCAGUGGCCGGGGAGGAAGACACGCAUGUGAGGGCCCCGGGGGGCCCCCACCAGACGGGGAACUGUCUACUCUGGGCCUGCAAAGCCUGCAAGAAGAAGUCGACGCACGCAGACCGGAGGAAAGCGGCGACAAUGAGGGAACGACGGCGUCUGAGCAAGGUCAACGACGCCUUCGAGACCCUGAAACGCUGCACGUCCGCCAACCCCGACCAGAGGCUCCCCAAGGUGGAGAUCCUAAGAAACGCCAUCCACUACAUCGAGUCCCUGCAGGCUCUGCUGAGGUCGGACGGGGAUGACGGCUUCUUCCCGGUGCUCGAACACUUUGGCGGAGACACGGACGCCUCCAGCCCGCACUCCAACUGCUCGGAUGGAAUGGCGGAUUUCUUCUCUCCAUGCACCACCAGAAGUGAAACCUAUGAUGCUUUCUACUGCGGUCAGACAGCCGAUGAUUUAAACAAAUCCACGCCAUCACUGCUUUCAAGUUUGGACUGUUUAUCCAGCAUAGUGGAGCGCAUUACCACGGAGCAGGGGGUGGCCUCCCUGGGGGAUAGCGUGGUUCCCCGUGGGCCGGGAUCCCCGCAGAACAGCCCUUGGAGCUGUGGACUUUUUGAAGAACCCAACAGCAUCUACGAGUCUCUCUGAAAACUGAUGGGACCGAGCGCUAUUUUCUCCCAAAACUAUGAAGAAAAUGAAGGUGUACAAUUGUAAAUAAGAGUUGUGCUUUGAGAUGUAUGAACCUUUUGCUACGUAUUUUAUCAAUAAU